CAUUUUUGCAAAAUUACUAUCAUUCAAAACAUACUUAAUCCAUAUACUUACAACUUUACGGCAGUUAAUUAAAACAAGUUCAUUACAACUUUCUUUAAAAUGUUCUCGAGAUCAGCCUUACGUCCUUUGACCGUGGCCAUAUCACGUUCGGCUACCACCCAUUCCGCCCAAGGAGUAAAGAGGCUACCUGGACAUGGAAGUCCCGGAAAGGAUCGCUUGGUUCUCCUGUCCGAGAAUUGGGUCAAGGGACCCAUGGGCGUUGGUCUGCUGGCAUAUAUCUGCUCCGGAGACUGUUGUGCCAUCAAGCACGAGCACAGCGGCUUAUCCUUGGGCAUCAUGGAGGAUGGCUACUACAGCAGUGGAAUCACCAUUGGCAUACUGACCACAUUUGCUGUGAUAAGACUGCUUCCAGCGAUUGCCAAGUGGGCUGAUGGCGAGAUUGUUAAAAUUGAGUCCGAAUACGAAAAAAGUCGUGGAUCUGAGAACAAAGCCCUAUCGAUCUCGCCCCCGAAGGGAAACAAGAAUCUUAGCCAGCACAAUGCGGAUCAAAGCGAGUAGUCGAUUUAUUUUAUUACUUGCCAUGUACUAAUUAAUAAAAAUUUGGGUGUUAGAGAAGCUCAUUUAGAUUCCAGCA